AUGGCUCCAGACGUUCCGGCCGCCGCAAUCGUCGCCGAGGCUGAGCCGGACGACGUGGCGAUGCUCGACGGCAACACGAUCGAGGUUGCGUGGCCGCAGACACGCGAAUGCGUCACCAAGAUGCGCAAGCGUGUGGGCACGGUGCGCUACCGGCCAAAGCAGCAGCGAAAUCGGUUCGAGAAUGUCUAUCUGAUCGAGUUUGAGAGGCGGCCCGGCACGCCCCGCACGGCCAAAGGGCCGCGGCUCCGAAAGACGAGAUGGGAGAAGCUUCGCGGGCGCACGUAUGUCGUGCUGCGCUCAGCCGUGCUCCCGAAGCCUGCUCGCACGCAGUAUUCGCCUGAGGAGAUCGAGGCUGUGCGAGUGAGGCUCGAGGCGGGAGAGACGCAGGCGAGCAUCGGGCUGGGCAUUGGGCGCACGAAAAAUGCAAUCACCGGGCAAUCGAAGCGCUUCUUGCCAGGCUAUGCGCCGCUGUCGACUGGAGACGGGCCGCGGGUGAAGAGCGGUGUCACUGUUGAGCUGACCGAGAGCGCGAUGCUCACGCUGCCCGAGUACGAAGGCACGGCGGUUGAGGUCUUUGAGGCGGUCAAGCGGCAGGCGGCGACGGAGGGUGUCGCGCUGAACCUCGAGACUGCGCCUGGUGAGCGUGCGAGGUCGCGUGCGGAGGUGACUGUGAAAAGGCUUCUCACCGAUCGAAAACGCUGCCCUCAAUUCUCCGCCACCGGGGAGAAGCGCGUGUCCGACGCGCAGAUAGACCGUGGCGCCAAGAAGUACAAGUCGAGGAAGUCUCCUGUCUACAAGUACUCGCCGCCAAUCGUCACCGCCGAGCGAGAGCCGGGCCGUCCGAGCACGAAGCGCGUCAGGGCUCACACGCCCAACGUCGGCGGCCCCAAGAAGUCGGCGCGCAAGACGAAGGAGCUUCUGGCUGGCGGCGACCGACGGCAUGGGUGA